AUGGCGCCCUCAGCAACAGAAUUCAUUCCGGUGAAAAUGGACAAAGUGUCCAAGCCCAAUAUUGGGGUAUACACGAACCCACAGCACGACUUGUGGGUUGCCGAGGCAGAGCCUUCGCUGGAAAGUGUGCAGAAAGGGAAUUCGUUGAAGGAAGGAGAAGUGACGGUUGGCAUCAAGAGCACUGGAAUCUGCGGCUCUGAUGUCCAUUUCUGGCACGCAGGCUGCAUUGGCCCCAUGAUCGUUGAAGAUACACACAUUCUAGGUCAUGAAUCAGCAGGCGUUGUACUGUCUGUCCACCCCUCCGUCACAUCCCUCAAAGUCGGCGACCGAGUCGCGGUCGAACCCAAUAUCAUCUGCGGAGAAUGCGAGCCCUGUUUGACAGGCCGAUACAAUGGCUGCGAUAAAGUGCUUUUCCUCUCUACCCCGCCUGUUCCUGGUCUCCUGAGAAGAUACGUCAACCACCCUGCAGCUUGGUGCCACAAGAUCGGCGAUAUGUCAUUUGAGGACGGAGCAUGCCUGGAGCCUCUCAGUGUUUCCUUAGCCGCGAUGCAGAGAUCAGGCGUCCAGCUCGGAGACCCAGUACUGAUUUGCGGCGCUGGUCCAAUCGGUUUGAUCACCCUAUUAUGCUGUCAAGCAGCUGGAGCCUGUCCACUCGUUAUCACAGACAUCGAUGAAGGUAGACUUGCUUUUGCGAAGAGCCUCGUGCCGUCCGUCACCACCUUUAAAGUCUCACGACAAUCACCCGAAGACUCCGCCGAAGCGAUAGUCAAAGCAUUCGGGGGCAUCGAACCCGCAAUCGCCCUGGAAUGCACAGGUGUCGAGAGCAGUAUUUCGGCCGCCAUCUGGGCCGUUAAGUUCGGCGGCAAGGUCUUCGUGAUCGGUGUUGGUAAGAACGAGAUGAACAUCCCGUUCAUGCGUUUGAGCGUUCGAGAGAUUGAUCUGCAAUUCCAGUACAGAUACUGCAAUACCUGGCCACGCGCUAUCCGGCUCGUGCAGAGCGGUAUCAUUGAUAUGAAGAAGCUGGUUACACACAGAUUUGAGUUAGCGGACGCGGUGAAGGCUUUCCAGACGGCGGCAGAUCCGAAGACAGGUGCUAUUAAGGUGCAAAUAAAGAGCGAGGACUGA